GUAAUAAAUCUCGCUGUAUCUCUAAGCACUAUAAAACCCCACCUCGCUCAAGAGCCCUAGCGACCAAACCCAUUAUCCAUCUCUCUCUAGUUCCAGGUUUCUUGAAGAAGAUGAUCAUGGCCAAGGCUCCCGUCAAUGGCAUGCUUCUUCUCAGCCGGCGGUUGUACGGAGCGCUAGCGGAGAAGACAGCGGGGGCGGCAGUGGCAGCGGCGGGGGGUGCAAUCGGGAAGGCGGUGAAGGAGGAGGAGGAGAAGAAGGUGUUCUGGAUGAGAGAUCCCAAGAGUGGGAACUGGAUACCGGAGAGUCACUUCGACGUGGUUGAUGUUGCAGAGCUGAGAGAGAAGCUCCUCGCCAAGAAGGAGGGCAAGCUUUGAGCAAGAUCUUUUGAUAACUGUGGCUUUCUCCUGAUCCAUAAUCCCUUCCUUAUGAUACAAUACCGUACAAUCUCUGUUGUGAAACUAUUAAUACGGGGGCACGAGAGGGCCUUUCAAUCUAUGAAUACCUGCAAAUUU